AAUGGCUACCGGUGCCAACCAUCCAAGUCUAUUGGAUUCAGAACCAAUCCUCCAAAGGGUAGUCGCAACCGAGUCGUCAACCAUAGAUGGUAAACUGGAAGCGCUAAGAAAUAGGUUUAAGGAAAGACUAACAGAGAUAACUGCCCGGAACAAAGGAGAUAUUAAUGUAAUGGAGACAAGACUAGCUACUCAAAUGGAGCAUAUUAUUCAAAUGAUGGAUCCUAAUAAACAAAUCCUGUCAAUGAAUUAG